AUGACGACCGCUGCUCGACCCACAUGGGCACUGGCUAAAGGUGGCAACGAACAAGGCGGUACCCGAAUUUUCGGUCCCUCUAAAAAAUACUCCUCCAGGGACAUCGCAUCUCACACCACUCUCAAGCCAAGGAGAGACGGACAGGACACACAUGAUGAGUUAAAGAGAAGGAACCUGCGUGAUGAAUUGGAAGAGCGUGAGCGAAGACAUUUCUCAUCAAAAAAUAAAUCUUAUAGUGAUGACAGGGAUCAUGGAAAGAGUAGCCAUCUGUUUUUGGAAGGAACAAAGAGAGAUGUUGAAGACCAUAUUGUUGCACGAAGUGUUGAUGCAGAUCAUUCUGAUGUUGAAGUCAAAAGUGAUGAAGAGAGGUUGGUAAUUUAGCACAAACUUCAUGUU